CACACUGUCACAGUAGGCAAGGGUACACAUCAAUUUGUUCGCGACGCCCUGACAGUCUCAGCUGGCGAUAUGGUGACGUUCGAAUUCUUUCCGCUCGUUCACUUCGUGGUUAGAGCACAAUAUAGCUACCCGUACAUCCCCUACGAGAACAUAGUGCCAGGCCAAGCUGGAUUCUUCUCGGGCCUGUUUCCUGUGUCCGAAAUCUUUAGUAAUGUGCGCAUCAAUCGACCCGUGGAGCCGAUCAGGGGCAAUUUCGUUGACGUAAUAGCAUAA